GUUCUCUUCCCAUCUUCACUCAUUCUCUCAUGGCGAUGGGCGACUCGGCGGAAGCUGGGCCUUCCAGGCAAGAUGAGCCGCCGCUCCCCCGCCUGCCGACCCCCACCUCCUUCCCGUUCCCCUACCCCGAGCCGUACUCCAUCCAGCUCGACCUAAUGCGCACCGUCUUCGCAGCUAUCGAAGCGCGCAAGAUCGCCAUCGUCGAGUCGCCCACAGGCACAGGCAAGAGCCUGACGCUGCUCACCGCGACGCUGAGCUGGCUGGCCGCGCACCGGCGGCGCCUCGACGAAGCUGCCGAGGCGGAGUUGCGCUCGCGCUUCGCAGCCGAGGAUCCGGAUGACCCGCCAUGGAUCAUCGAGAACGCCGUGAAGCGACACAUGGGCGAGCUGCGGCUCGCAGCAGCCGAGCGCGCGGCGCGCCUCGCGGCUGUGCGGGACCGGGAGCGGCGGCGCGCCAACCCCGCCGCGUUCCGGAAACGUGCGCGCCCGGCGGCGAGCGAGGAGACGGAACGGCGCGAAGACGACUUCCUCCCCGGAGACGCGGAUGCAGUGCCGGACGACGGGAUGAACGUCAGCGCCGAAGUGCGCGCGCUCAUGGCGCAGCUGGACAAGCCGGCCGCCGAGGAGGUCGAGGAGGAGGACGUGCCGAAGGUGUACUUCGCCUCCCGAACACACUCGCAGUUGCGGCAGCUCACGGCCGAGCUCCUCAAGACGACGUUCACGGCCGACGACGCGGCCGACGAGGACCGCGUGUCCGCCGUCCCCCUCGCUUCGCGGAAACAGAUGUGCAUCAAUGACAAGGUGCGCGCGCUCGCGCGCGAAGACAAGAUGAACGAGGCGUGCCUCGACAUGCAGAAGAGCGGCGUGAAGCGCUGUCCCCACCUCCCACCGAAGGCGGACGAGGGGCCGCUGCUCGACGCACGCGACGCCGUGCUCGCGACGGUGCGUGACAUCGAAGACCUCGUGGUGGAGGGCCGCCGCGCCGGCGUGUGUCCGUACUACGCGACGCGGCGGGCGACGAAGCAGGCGCAGCUCGUCACUCUCCCCUACAAUCUCCUGCUGCAGAAGAAUGCGCGCGAGGCCCUCGGCAUCGACUUGACUGACCAGAUCGUGGUUAUCGACGAGGCGCAUAACCUCAUCGACACGAUUCUCGGCAUUUACUCCGCCUCCCUCCCCGCGUCUCAUGUUAGCAGCGCGGCAGCCCAGCUCACGCAGUACCUCCAGCGCUUCCGGUCGCGGCUCAAGCCUCGACAUGCGCUCAUGAUCCAGCAGACGCUCACAGUGCUGCGCGGCCUCGUGGGCGUCUGCUCGACGUUCGCAAAGGGAAAGGAGGCCAGCGAAAUGAUGGAUGUCAACGCGCUUAUGGGGCGUGUCGGGCGGUCCGCAGACGCAGUCAAUCUUCUCGAGCUCGUGGGAUAUCUCAAGGAGUCCAAACUUGCACGCAAGGUGUCGGGAUAUGCGGAAUCUCUGGAGGAGAAGGAACAGAAGGGGCGCGAGAAGAGGAGUACAGCGGCGCGCCACGCGUCCAUCGCCGCCUUCCGCGGUGUCGAAGCCCUCCUCCUUAGCCUCACGGACGCACGGGACGACGGCCGCGUCAUUCUCGGCAAGGACGGCGACGCCGUGACGCUCAAAUACGUCCUUCUGAACCCAGCCGAGCGCUUCGCCGAGGUCGUCGCCGCCGCCCGAUCCGUCAUCCUCGCAGGCGGGACCAUGGAGCCGCUCGCGGACUUCUACACCCAACUGUUCCCAUCCGUCCCUCGCGAGCGCUUCGCAACGCUCUCGUGCGCCCACGUCAUCCCCAAGACCAACUUGCUCACUCAAGUCGUGACUCGCGGCCCGCGCAAAGUAGAUCUGGAAUUCACGUUCGCGAAGCGGCGCGACGCGGGCCUCAUGGCCGAGCUCGGCGCCGUCGUGCAGUCGACGAUCGGGCUAGUGCCGGAUGGCGUGGUGGUCUUCCUGCCCUCCUACGCCUUCUUGGACGCGCUCAAAGCCGCGUGGCGCGACCUCCUCCCGAAACUUGAACAACGAAAACAAAUCUUCUACGAGCCGCAGACGUCGGGCGAAGUCGACGCCGUGCUGCGCGAGUACGCGCUCGCGAUCGACGCGCCCAAGACGAACAGCGCGGGCCGCCCGCGCUCCGGCGCCCUCCUCUUCGCCGUCGUCGGCGGCAAGCUGUCAGAAGGCAUCAACUUCUCGGACCGGCUCGGCCGGUGCGUCAUCAUGGCCGGGCUGCCGUUCGCGAACGCCGCCAGCGCCGAGCUGCAAGAACGCAUGCGCUACGUCGAGCGCUUGCCCGGAGCGGGCGCGGACGCCGCGCGCGAGCUCUACGAGAACCUGUGCAUGCGCGCCGUCAACCAGAGCAUCGGGCGCGCGAUUAGGCACGCCGGCGACUACGCCGCCAUCCUCCUCGUCGAUGCGCGGUAUGCGCGGCCGCGUGUGCGCGGCAAGUUGCCCAAGUGGAUUGGGGAGGGAGUGCGCGUUUGCAGCGAGUGGGGCGAGGUCGCCAAGGGCGUCGCGGGAUUCUUCCGCGACAAGCGCGCGGGGGCGGGCGGGGGAGGAGUGGUGGCGGCGGGCGUCAAGCGCCCCGCUACGUAGCCAUGCAUACAUU